AUGAAGGAAGCUACAGAAGCGGGAGCUGCGGCCGGCUUGUUGCUCUUGGGCCCGCGUGGCCGCCAAGCGGGUGCCACGGACUUUACGGUUGGCCAGCUCGGCUCCCGGAUGUCCUACAAAACACCCAGAAAUGAAGGAGAACCCGGGCCAGGGAGAGUAAAACGAUCCCCAAGAACGGAUUGGCGCUCCUGUCCACCUUUCCCCAACUCCUUCUUGAAGGAUUGGUUGCAAAUACUCGAGGAUCCAAACUCGUUGAGGAAGCAUGCUGUUCAGAAGUUUAACUUUCUCUAUUUCUUUCUAACUGAAAUGAGCAUGACUUUGAAGCCCCUAAAUCUGCUUGGAUGGUCCACUACCCUAUCCCCCUUACUCUCUUCUGGAGAUAAAUUGCAAGAUGCCCCCAUCGAAAUGGACAAACCAUAUAGGAUCUUUUUCAAAGAUCUCUUUCUUUUCAAAGAAAAUGAGAUGGCAGAAAAGAAAAAGGAGAAAUUUAUGAGUCGCAGCAUGAAAGUACACCAAAAGUCUACUUUUUCAUCCCGAAUGAAGAGUCGUUCACAUCUGGGCCAAAUAGAUUUUUAUGCUGAUACAGCUGGUGGCUCACCUGAAAACUUUGGAUUCGACCCCAUGCUUAUUCUCAGAUUAACAGAAGGUGCAGACACAAGCAAGACUGUCCAUGAAUUUAUUAAUGAUCAGAGAGACGGGUUUCUGCUUGAGUUUACUAUGUCAACCAAAAGAAAAACUAUUAGAAAGUUUGAAGACAGAAUAGCAUCGAAGGAAAGGCAACUCAUGAAAGCAGAAAAAAAGCUCCAAGAUGAUGCAAUAGCUUUUGAAGAGUUCCUUCGAGAAAAUGACCAGAAAUCUGUAGAUGCUAUUAAAAUUGCAGCACAAGAAACUAUAAACAAACUCCAAACAGCAGCAGAAUUAAAGAAAGCAAGUAUGGAAGUACAGGCAGUGAAAAGUGAGAUAGCAAAAACAGAAUUCCUCCUUAAGGAGUAUAUGAAAUAUGGAUUUUUUCUGCUAGAAUUGUCUCCAAGGCACUGGCAAGCUCAGCAGGCAUUAAAAAGGGUGAAGGAAUCGAAAAGUAAAGAUAAUAUAAGUAACAUCCUUCCAAAAUUAUUGACAAAAUCAUUAGUAAGUGGAAAGAGAAAAGAGAGCAUCGUGGAGGAAUCCCGAAAGAUGUCAUUUUCAGACGUGUCUUCAGGGAUAAGUAUCCAUGGUAAACUCAGAGAUUUGGGACUUCAUUCACAAAACCGGCCUGAAAGUAUCAGUUCAGAAGACAGCAUGGAAUUCCUUUUAGAUGAUGAUAUGGAGUAUAAUUUGGCACCCGAGCUUUAUUUCAAAGAACCCGAAGAGCUGCUUCAAGUUCUCACAGAACUGGAAGAGCAGAAUCUUACUUUGGUACAAUAUGCUCAAGAUGUAGAUGAAAAUCUUGAAGACGUGAUUAAAAGAGAGAAGAUGAUACAGGAUAAAAUAAAGAGCAACAUAGAGUUUCUUUUGGAGCACAAGGCAAUGCUUAAGGCGAACUGUGUGAGAGAAGAAGAAAAAGCUGCAGAAUUGGAAUUAAGGUCCAGGCUGUUUAAUUUUGGAGAAUUUAACUCAGAAGUUCAGGAACAACUGAUAGACUCUCUCAAUAAAAAAAUCAAUCAAGUAUACAGAGUCUGCAUAGGAGAAGCUGAGGUUGGCAGUCUCAACCCAGUUCAAAAGCUGGUAAAAGUGGAGUCUCGCCUGGUAGAAUUGAGUGAUCUCAUCGAAUCUGUUCCCAAAGAGCACGUGGAGGCAAUUGAGAAGCUAAAGCAGAAAGAACGGAGGCUAAAGUUGCGUGAAGAAAAAAUGAAAGAAAAACAAAAACACCAGGAAGAACGGCUGAAAGCAGCUCUGGAGAGAGCAGUAGCACAACCAAAGAAAAAGUUGGGAAGACGACUUAUCUUUCGUUCAAGCCCUCCGUCUGAUAACAAACACGAACUACAAGUAGUCAGCGAGUCAACAAAGUCACAGGAGGAAGAGUAUUUUUUUACUUGA